GAGUAAAGAUUGUCACGCUGAUAUAAAAAGGUAAAGGGGCCCGGCCGGCCCUUGGAAUCCAAUAACUCUCCAAUACAAAGAAAAGCACCAUUCAAAUUUCUUCCAUUAUUUUAAUCUAUCUCUCUAUAUAUAUAUAUACUCUCUUUGAACCAAAUUUGUUACUCCAAAAAAAUCACAUUGAAUUAUGGAUGAAAAAAGGUGGCCAGUUUCACAAAAUGAAGCUCAAUUGCAACACGACUCCGACGAUGAAGAUGAAGCGCUGUCGUUGAGUGAUCUCCCGCUCAUUCAUCAAUGGAGAAAAGGAAUUGAAAGCAAUAACAGCAAUUUUCACAGCGAAAAAGGCGGAGAUGAUCAGGAAUUUGAUUUCUGCGCUCUCUCAAUUGAAUCGGAAAUGUGUGCGGCCGAUGAAGUGUUUUUCAAGGGCCAAAUCCUGCCGCUGCGCCACUCCGUGAGCUCGGAGAAGGCGCUGCUGCAAAAUUACGACGCUCGGCGCCGGAGCUACUCGAUUUCCCGAUCGGAUUCCAUGGAUCACUACUAUUCCAGUAGAAGCAGCAGCAUCAGCAGCGGCGCCUCCUCCUCCUCCACCUCCUCUUCCGCCACCGCCAGAUACAAUAAGCCUAAAUUGCCGCCGCGGAUUCAAUUCCACUCUCACCCUAGCCCCUCGCCGCGCCUGAAUUUCCCCUACGCCGCCGUGAAUCACAGGAAUUCCGUUAAGAAUUCGUCGAUCUGGAAUGUGCUGCGGUUAGGUCUCGUCACGCCGCCGCCGGAGAUCGCGUUCCGCGAUCUGAAAGCGCGAUCCGGAAAUUCCGGCAGCCGGCGGAGCACCGGAAGCAACUCCAGCGGCGGCGACGGGAAGAAAAAGAAGCUGCGGCCGCGGAUCCUCGGCGGCGGGUGCAGAUGCGCCGCCGACGCGGUGGAGACGAUCGCGCCGAGAGUGGUGAUCAUCAAGCGGAGCGCGAACGAUGAGGGCGAAGCCGCGGCGGCGCUGCAUCGCGAUGAUCCGAAAAUGGCGAAGAAGCAGGCGGCGAAGAAGCAUAUCUCGCAGCAUCGGACGUUUGAAUGGCUGAAACAGCUCACCGUGGAAGGCGCCGCUGAUCAAAUUCAAUCGUAGAUAUUUUUUUGGAGAAAAGGAGAAAAAAAAAAUGUCGCGCGUGCUUGCUUUAUUUUUGUUGGAUGCAACUUAACUUUGAAAAUUUAUUUUUUAUGUGGCUGUUGUUGUCGAAAUAAUUUGUGUUUACCUGUAGCUUACUUUAAAUAAUUUAGUGAUUUAAUAUUUGAGGAGCAUGAUUGGGUUAA